GCUGCAGCUGUCGAUAACACUCAGCUGUCCCCUACUUCUCUCGCAUCAGGAGACGGUAAGAAAUCUGAACGACUCGACCUCCUCCCAGCACUUCCUUUCGCGCAUUGUCUCGCUCUUUAAUAAUCUCCUAACCAUGUAAACACCCACACCCAUACAUGCGACGUAGGUAUGCAGGUAGAUCUUGCUUUAAAUUGCAGCGUCUCUGCAGAACUGUGUCUCUCUCCCUCCCUCUUAAGGCAUCGCAUUCAAGUCCGCGGCUGUUGCUCACACACUCCUCGUGAAGAUAUAAACGACUUUGGCCGGGUGUUUUCAAUGUUCUGCUGUGCUUUUCCUCUGACGUGCCCCUUAGAGACCCUGUGUUUGUGUAUCUGAGGGCGCCGGUGGAAAAGUGCUUUCUGGCUCAUGUGCUCUGUGCAUUUUGUUCGAGCAACAAAGUGCCCAGAGUGUGUUCUCGCUCGCGUGACCAGUCUGCCCAGUGACCUGUGCAGCUGGGAGUCUGGGUCUGGAUACUACUAAACACACACACACACACACACACACACACACACACACACACACACACACACACACACACGUAUAAAUGGCCGACAUACACUCAGAUCCAUUAAAGAGUUGAAAAAAAUUGCUAUGCCCUAUCAUUAAAUCUAGGUCACGAAGCUUUUCGGCCACAAACAGCUGUCCUACACUAAAACAGCCUCAAUCAUAACGGUACAUGACAUAGUUGUCUUUUACGCUGCGCGAGUUAAGGGAUGCAGAUAAAUGCAUGCAUCAGACAUGCAACAAGAUAAAAAAGCAUAAACCCAAACAGCACACAGUUCGAUAUCGAAGGGUUGCAUGUGAUGAUUAUCUAACAGCAGACAUAGUUGAGGACCACGGGGAGGUGGCACUCUAUUAUGAAAGCACAGACUGUGGGAACUGUUUUGAAAUGCAGAGGAUAUCCUACGCAGCCAUAGAGAGAUGUGGUUGCCAUGGAGACAGCAAACGCUCAACCUUUGAAAAGAGAUGCCUAGAGGAACUGCAAUAAAGUCCACAGAGACAACUGUAUUUGCACAAGAGCGCCAUAUCUCACCACAAAGACGUGUGCACAAAAGCAGUUUUUAUAUCUAAUCUGUCUCAGAUUUGUGCACUACAGUUGCAUUCUGUAGUCUGGUGACAUUUAGAACGCACUUUGAAUAUGCACCAACAUGUCUCUUCUGCAUUCGUGUCAUUCCAUUCACGUCCAGACAUGUGCAAGUUUUCUUGUGAACACAUGGAUUGUUGAAACACUACCUCUCAAGUAUGAUGGCUUUACCGGCUUAAACUUCAAACACAGACAAAGGAGAAGCGAAAUGUAAUACAGCACACGAUUUUAUCGAGUAUUUUAAAAGAUAACUGAACAAUAUUUGAAUUCUAUACUAUUUCAAUAAAAAAUAAAACACUGGAAGAAAAAUCGAAUUUAGGCGUCACAACAAUUUACAAUAGGAAAAAUAGACAUUAUAAAUAUUAUAUUGUUCUUAUAGAGUAUUUUGGAUUAUUAGCAUUAAAAUUACCUCAUGAUAGAUGACAAUACAGGUCAUUUAAAUGUAAAAAGGCAUGCAUAAUUAAAUAUCUGAUUAAAUGUUUAGGGUCAGUAAGAUUUUAAAGUAAUUAAUACUUUUAUUCAACAAGAAUGCAAUAAAUACUGUUUCAAAUGUAUAGUCAAAGAAUCAAAAACCUUAUUUAAAUUGUAAUAAUGUUAUUCUUUUUAUUGAUCAUAUACUUGCAGUCCUGGUAAGCACUAUAUCCUUCUUUCAAAAACAUUUAAAAAAAAAUUAUACAGACUCUAAAUGUCUGAAUGUUAGUGUAUUAUGUAGUCAAUAUGGAUAAAUGAAAAUACAAGCCAGAAGUCAAGAUUGUGCAUCUUCUAUUAUGAUCAAGAACUUUACUGUAGAAAAGACUUUGAAGCAUUUAGCGUCAGUUGACGUGAACCUAAUAUUGUAUUUGUGUUUAAUGCACUAUUUCAUUUUUUCACAAAAAUGAUUUGACAUCACAAAACAAUUGCUGAACCCGAAGCCCCUGCAGAACAAUUCUGUUCCUCGUGUUAAGGAGCUCUGCUUUUGUAAACACUAUCUAAGAACGGUUUGUUGUAGAAUAAGAGGUUAUCGAAGGGCAGGGAAGGAAGCACAGCUCCUGUCUGAACACACACAGAGAUCCAGCUCCGCACAAAGACAGGACAGGGUGGUGUAGGAGAGGAACUGUUGGAGCCGUUCACUUUAAUGUUCCACUAGGCCUCAGGACACUGGCAAUGGAAUCACGAAGAAACGUUACACGUAGAUGGGAAACUUCUCUCUCGAGAUAAAAUUUUCCAAGGGCUGUACUUUAACAACCACAUGUUGAGGCAGACUAUUUUAACAGCCCGAAGACAGCUACUGUGUAAUUCUAUUAAAACAUAUAUCCUUUCUAGAUGUUAUGCAAGAUGAAUCUGUUGUGUGGCAUUAAAUUAAUACAUGCCAUUGGCAAUAGCUGUAACUGUUAGACUUGUAACUGGAAGACCAAUGAGACACGUUACUGCCAAAGACGAUGCCCCAGAAAUUCUGCAUCCUCUUUAUUUUGAAAUGACUCAUCAGUUAUAAUAUGCUGUAAACAACUGCACAUUCUUAAGAGCUUUUCCUUUUGUUUACAACAUCAGUUAAACAAUUCUUCCCCCCUUUUCCUGAUUUUCCUUUUGCCAGUGUCCAUAUCAGCACAGAACACACAUACACACGCGAUACGAAACAUAGUCAUUUAGAAAAAGAAAGGAUAGUGAUAAAAUGUGAUUUAUUCUUGAAAUUGUUAAAUGUUAACAAGAAUUGUUAACAAGCUUUCUGCUGGUCACCCAAUGUCAAAUGGUUAAGUUCAAAGGGUCAAAAUAUAGCUUGGCCAGUAAGUGCUUGCUGGUAGAUGCUAUAACUAUCCAUCUUAAAAGAGCAUGUAGGCUAUUGAUAUUAUAAAUGGCUAAUAUUUAAUUAUAUUGCUGGAGAUGGUUUUUCUGUGUCCAAAUCUGUCUAGCACGGUUCUUAAAAUCAUGAAAUGGGUAUUUUGACUGUUUUCAUGUUACAUGAAAAUUGCUGGUAAAUUUAAAAAUGAAUUAUAAACUGACUUAAACUUAAGGUUAAACAACGUGUAUUUUUGAACAAACAAACAAACAACUCUAAAACAGGCUAUAUUGUCACCCACAAAAAAUAUGAAAAUAUUUAUGCCCAAUUAGCACUGUACAGAGCGAAAUUAAAGUAGGUAGGCUUAGAUGGCCAGGUGCUGCCUUAAAUUCCUUUUUUUUUUUUUUUUUUUUCUUUCAUCUCCUUAUUUUAUUAAUAAGGUUUUCAUUGCCGUGCACACAUCUUUUUCCCGCGCUGCUACGAGAGCAAGUACUUUAAAAGGAGAUUAUUUAAGCAUAUGUUUUAUUUGUAUCAAACAAUUUAAAUCUAUUAUAAACUAUAAUGUUUUAAUGCGGCAUUGAGUUUUUGGUCCCCUCGCGCCCCCUGGAGGGAGUAAACUUUCUCCUCGGAUACGGCUGUUAGCUUGUAGCAUUUUGUUCAGCUGUCAUUGCGCUUGCCGUAGUUUGUGGGAGUUUAUGUAAAAUCAUGAUGGCGGCGGCCUGUGCAAGAACGCUCGGUAAGGUCGCCCGGUUGGCUUUAGACACGCCGACGUGCCGUGUAACGAACACCGCAGCAAUAGCGCCGAGAAUCUCCACGAGAUGCCAAGGAAGAGCUUACGGUACCGGCGGAGCGGGGUCUAGAUGCGGCACGCCGCUCGCGGCGCCGGUGCGUGGCGGCGGGAGAGUCCUGGGAUGCGCCUUCUUGCUCGGCGGUGGCUUUGGCUUGUACCAAACCGUCAAGCUCACGCUUCAGCGGCACCUUGCAGAGGAAGAAACAAAGGCACCUGAGCUGGGGACGGAUCUGAAGCUGACCCUGUAUCAGUAUAAGACGUGUCCGUUUUGCAGCAAGGUGCGAGCCUUCCUGGAUUAUCACGGUCUGCCCUAUGAAAUUGUGGAGGUCAAUCCCGUUAUGCGACAGGAGAUCAAGUGGUCCACUUACAGAAAAGUGCCCAUCCUGAUGGUGAACGGGACGGUGCAACUCAACGAUUCCUCUGUGAUAAUUAGUGUUUUGAAGACGUACCUGAUCAGCAGGGAAAAAACUAUAUCUGAGAUUCUCUCUUGCUAUCCCGAGAUGAAGGCAAAAAACGACAGCGGUAAAGACAUUAUAGAGUUUGGCAAUAAAUACUGGGUCAUGGUGCGAGACGCGGAUGCUGAUCGUCUGUAUCCUGGAAAAGACGACAGAAAAGAGGAGAUUAAAUGGCGGAAAUGGACAGAUGAGUGGCUGGUUCACCUAAUUUCCCCAAAUGUUUACCGCACACCAACUGAAGCCUUGGCGUCCUUUGACUACAUAGUGCGAGAAGGAAAAUUUGGCACAUUUGAGGGAUUCUUUGCUAAGUAUUUUGGAGCUGCUGCCAUGUGGAUCAUUGCAAAGAGAUUGAAAAAUAGACACCAUCUGCAAGAUGAUGUGAGGCAGGAUCUCUACAAGGCCGUCAAUGAUUGGGUGGCAGCCAUUGGGAAAAACAAUAAAUUUAUGGGAGGCGAUCAACCCAACCUAGCAGAUCUGGCCGUGUUUGGCGUUCUGAGGGUAACGGAGGGCCUUCAGGCAUUUGAUGAAAUGAUGGAACAUACCAAGGUGAAGAAGUGGUACCGACGCAUGCAGAAGGCCACGCAACGAGAGUCAUAAAAUCAAAGCUUCCUCUAUCGCUGCACUUGAUACCACAGUACAAACAGGCUCGAUGCCAUCUAAUGGUUCUGCAAAUCUUAAAAGACUAAUUUUUGUCCCGUUAUUAAACUGGCAUCCAUUCAUCCUUUGCUCAGACGGUAAUCACGGAGCUAAGAAUCCAGUUCAAAGAGAUAAAAAAAAAAAAACAUGAAAUGCUGUCCUCCAUUGUAAUUUGUUUUGCAACUAAACUGUUUUUCUCUCAUGAGGUUUUCUUUUACUUUGCAGCAAAGUGCAACCUUAAGCAAAUUUAAAGUAUACCUACUUCAUAUAAUCUAUAGACAUUCUGAAUGGGUUUUAGAGGGAUUGAUUUGAAAUCAUCCAUUUUUUUCCAUCUCUGAACAAGUUUGAAGCUUGAAAACAGGUUACAGACAAAUUUAUAAUCUGGUAUUUGUCUUUUUUUUUUUUUUUUUUUUUUUUUUUUUUUUUUUUCCAGCAAAUGGCGGUUAAUUUUUUUCCCCCCAUAAGUUACUCUUGUUCUUUUGGAUCUCUUUUGUAAUACUGAAGUGCUGCCGCUCUCAUCAUGUGGUAGGUUACCUAAGCAGAUGAGCUCAGCCCUGAUGAAUCACUGUAGAUGCUUACGUCUACCUCAGCUUGCAUUAAUGUUCUCGGUUUAUAAAUGUCUAAUCUGAGGUUGCAGUGACUUUAAAAUCUGUGGUUUACUGAAUGUUCAUAUUAACGUGUUUCAGCCUUGGGUUUUCAAGGGGUUUAACUUAAAGGAAGAGUUCAGCCAAAAAGGAACAUUCUGUCAUUUAUUCAUCCUCAAGUAGUUUCAAAUCUGUGUUCUUUUCUCUGUUCUGCCAAACACAAAGAAAGAUAUUUUGACAAAAGUCUGUAUCCAGGCUAUGGGUCACCAUUGACUUCCAUAGUAGGAAAAAAAACUAAAUCCAAAUAUCUUCCCUUGUGUUCAGCAGAACAAAUAAAUUCAUACAGGUUUGGAUCAACUUGAAGGUGAGUAAAUGACAGACUUUUUAUUUUGGGGUGAACUAUUCCUUUAAAAUGUGAUCUUACUGAGUAAUGGUUUAAAUGUGAAAGUUGCUUUGGACAUUUGAAGUGUCCAGUUAACCAAGAACUUUUGCCUAUGCAUCAUGUUUUGAUUCAACAAAAGUGAUACAAUUUUGUCUAUGAAAUAAAGUAAAAAUCUCAAA